ACACACACACACACACACACACCCUUAAGGUCUUCCUACAUCGGGAAAAACAACGGGUGAUCAUCAAGUGUCCUGAUUCCGUGAGCCUCUUCCGAGCGUAGCCUCGAAUUCUCGUUCUUAACUGACAGGAGCGCAACCCUUCUGGUGUGGUAGCCCGUCCGCCUCGACGCCGUGCGUUCCGAGAUGCUUUUCUGCUCACCACGGGUGUAAAGAGUGUUUGACUGAGUUUACCGUCAGCUUCCUGUCAGCUCUAAGAAGUGUUCCUGUUCCUCUCUGUCACGUCAACAACGCGCUUUCACUUUCGGAACUGGGUGUUUUUUUUUUGUCUUUCGCAGCACUCCCUGAAAAAUCCCAGGAAAUACAACCCACCACAAGAAGUCACCAAAAACAACCCCCACCCCCAUUCUGAUGUUUGACUUGACACCUGCGUGAUUUCACACAUGGACAGGUGUACAGGUGUUCCUAAUAAAGUGGACUCCAGGAUGCCCCAGACGACGCCGCUCGCAGCGAAGUUUCCUCAGAACCCGUACGGAGGAGGUCAUACUCGCUGCAAACCUGUGGAAGAGAGCUACGGCGGGCUGAGAUAUCACGACAACAACCUCGUAUCCGGAUCACUCGAGGCUCUCAUACAGCACCUCGUCCCCACUGUGGAUUAUUCACCUGAUAGGUCGUACAUCUUCACCUUCCUGCUGAAUUCCCGUCUCUUCCUGCAUCCGUUCGAGCUCAUGUCCAGAGUGUGUUACUUGUGUGUGGAGCACCACCGAGUCGGCGACCCUCAGGUCGAUAAGAAACGGAUCCGUGACAUCGCGCCGAAGAUCGUGCAGCUUCUCACCGAGUGGACGGAGACGUUUCCGUACGACUUCCGGGACGAGCGCAUGAUGCGCAGCCUGAAAGAGAUGACGCACCGGCUGGCGUUCGGGGAUGAGUUGUCUCGGAGAGCGAUGCAGCGUCUGAUCCAGCGACUCCUGCGCAAACUCACCAUCCUGGGACAGUACGAGGAGUCUCUGGUGACGUCCAGCACGGCGGUCACGGCGUCAUCGGCGACGGCGGCGGAGAAACCGUCCGCUCUGAAGGCGAAGCAGCACGUGCGGAGGGAGGAGUGUAUUCUGAACGUGUGCGACGACCCGUUCAUCCUCGCUCAGCAGCUCACGCAUAUCGAGAUGGAGAGACUGGGAUACAUCGGCCCCGAGGAGUUCGUCCAGGCAUUCGUUCAGAAAAGACCUGCUGAUAACCAUAAGAGUUUUUUCAGCAAAAGGAGAGUCAGUAAUCUUGAAGCCUACGUUGAGUGGUUUAACCGGCUGAGUUACCUGGUGGCCACAGAAAUCUGCUUGCCAGUGAAGAAGAAGCACCGAGCUCGAGUGUUGGAGUUUUUCAUCGACGUGGCUCGGGAAUGCUUCAACAUCGGCAACUUUAACUCCUUAAUGGCUAUAAUCACCGGGAUGAACGUGAGUCCCGUGUCCAGGCUGAAGAAAACCUGGGGCAAAGUCAACAUGGACAAGUUCGAGAUCCUGGAGCAUCAAAUGGAUCCGUCCAACAACUUCUACAGCUACCGUACUGCACUGCGAGGAGCCACUCAGAGGUCAGCUACGGCUCACACCGCCAGAGAAAAGAUCGUUAUUCCAUUCUUCAGCUUGUUCAUUAAGGACCUCUACUUCCUUAACGAGGGCUGCGCCAGUCGACUGCCCAAUGGGCACAUCAACUUUGAGAAAUUCUGGGAGCUGGCCAAGCAAGUGAGUGAGUUUCUGGCAUGGAGGCAGGUGAUCUGUCCGUUUGAGAGAGACAGGAAAACUCUGCAGUACCUCAUCAGCGUGACCGUCUUCACAGAAGACGAGCUCCAGUUGGCCUCUUACGAGAGUGAAGGACCAGAGAACAACCGGGAGAGAGAUACACGCCGCUCCCUCAGAUCGUCUCUCAGCAGGAUGUAGAUGCCGAUUUCUGGGAGCGUCGGAAGAGCCGGUCCUGACCGAAAUGAAAUAAAGUGAAACACUGCUCAAAGCGUUUUUGUUUAUAUGAAAAAAAUAUAUUCAUAUCAUUAUUUUCCGCCUCUGCUGAAUAAUGAGACCGGAUUCUCAUCACAGCGUCAUCUCCGUAUUAGAGAAGCAUAUUCAUCUCAUCUCAUGUACCUCAUGUUAAGCAGUUUGUGUAAGCUUAGUGAAGUGUUAUAAGCGUUGUAAUCUUCUGGAUAAACGAAGAGCCCGUCGCUGGCUGACCUCUUCUGUUACACCGUGUAAGCUGUAAAAUCUAUUCCUAUGUUUUGUGUGUAUGUUUUGUAUGCCAUUUUAAAUGUUUUGGGGGGGGGGGGGGGGGUUUGUAUGGAUUUGGUGGCCUCGUGUAUAUAAACUGAACGUUGCUUUAUAAAGAAAAUCUAAACAUAUAAUUGUGCAUCAGAAGUCGAUUUUUUUCAGUGAUUUAAAUGAAGGUAUUUACUUUGUGAAAGGUGACGUUUCGGUUGUGUGUCUAAGUGUAGAUACAGUAGUACCUGAUGGAGUGAUCUGAAAUAUUGCCAUGUAAUGGGUAUUGCUAGGUCUAGUUGAUUUAUUUCAGGAAAUUAGCCCCACCCAUUUUACUUAAGUCAACUGUGUAAACCUUUGAAGAUAUUUUAGGAAUGUCCCAAAACAGGUCUUAGGCUAAAUCAUUCAGCUAACUCUGAUCAGUCAUUCGAUUUAGAUCAUCUUUUAAAGGAUACCCAAUGUGUGUGAUGUCAUUCGGUCUUGUUUGUCAGUUAGCUACUGGCUGGCUCGCUAUUUUUAUUUUAUAGGCACUGCUUGGCCCACUGUUUCGCUGGGCUUGGCUGGGUCAACAUUUUUACAGUCCUGUCUGGGUUGCCAUUUUGAAGGCCAUGACUGACCAGCUAAUUAUGCAGACCCUGGCUGGCUCACCAUUUCCUAACUGGCUUACCAUUUUUUUUUUUUAUAGGUCAUGUCUGGCUUGCCAUUUCUUUUACAGUCCCUGGCUGAAUCACUGCUGAAUCACUGAAUCAAUGUCCUAACUGGCUUGCCAUUGCCAUUUUGUUCAGGCUCUGUCUUGCUUGCAUUUUUUUUUUUUACAGGCUCUGACUGGCUCACCAUUUUUUUCAUCCCCUAUCUCUCUUGCCAUUUUUGAAAUUUUUUUGCAUAUCCUGGCUGGCUCACCAGUUUUUGCAGUUCAUGGCUGGUUUACCAUUUUCCCCAGACUCUGACUACCUUGCCAUUUUUCCAGGACCUACUUGGCUUGCUAUUUUCAGGUCCUGGCUGGCUCGCCAAUUACUAGAUUAUUAGAUCAUAAUGCAUAAAAUCUACUUCCAUAGAUUACCAGAAGGUACACAAAUGGCAUAGAUUUACACAGGAUGGACUCAAAUUCAAGUCCAGAACCAGGUCAGGAACAGGGUUGUCAUGGCAAUGUGUUCAGUGGUACCAAGAAUGUCCGUGCUCAUUGAUCAUUCUGGUCACGCUGCUGUCACCACGUCAGUCUUUUCACUGAUCCAUCUUGGACUCUUGUGGGAAUGUGAAAAGAGAAUUAACACCACAAAGAGAAUCCGUCUUUCACGUCCACCUGUUUUAGAUUGUAAAGAGUGUUUCAUUUGAGCAGUGCUGCACUUGUUUUUGGACUAGUUUUUUUUUGGGCUUUUCUUUAACUGCCUGCCAUGUGCUGAAACUCAAAGUGGAAUUCAAACAAAAAUGUCUGUCAGCAGAAAUACAGACAUAACAAUCUUGUAGGUGUUGUAUAAAGAUACUUUAAGGAUACAAAAUGCGUAAAUUCAAACCUUUAUGAUAAAGAAUGAACACCAGCACCAAUUCCUGAGCAGUUCUAGAUCUUAGUAUGACCUUGGAUUGACGGUAUCAAAGAUAAAGCGUAGGUGCACAUCCAGAACAGAAUGAACUGUUCAGCUCACUUUCCUCAGUUUCCCCCCUUUUUUAAAUCGAGGACACGUUUGCACAUGCUUGACGAAGCCAAGUUUUUUUUUUCUUCCUUUCUCACUCCUCUCUUGUGUUGUGCUGAGUCGACUGAAAUCCUUAAAGCGUGCUUGAACACAAAAACCUGAUUUUUAAGCAUUUAACUACAUUUAGACGCUCACUGGAUGCAUUUAGUUGUUUGGGUCAAAUAUUUUAUCAUAGUAGUAAAUUUUACUACAUUUACUAAAUGUACAGUUUCCUUUUAAAACAAAGAAUUUCUCAAAACUUCUUUAUAAAAGUCUAUAAAAACUGGUUCGGGGGUGGGGCUUCAUAUGGCUUUGUGAUAUCACGAAGUAAAUAGCAUUGGACCAAUCAUGUAACAGAGUAGAGGGUUGUAUUUUUUUGCUACCCGGAAACUGUGAACCUGUGUGCUGGGCUAGCUAUCCGAUUAACUUAGCUAAUGUUAAUCUGUAUUUUGACAUACAGACGCUGUUCUAUAAAUAAAUCUAUAAAAAUCCAA